AUGGAUAGAGUGAUUUCUGAAAACUGGAAUUCGCCACCGCAGUUUGAAACCAAUUGGAAUGGAAUGAAUUGCAAUGCGGAGCAAUCUUUUCUUGACCCCAAUUGGGACAAGACUUGUACAGAUCAAUUUACUCAUUUUGAGCCAGUUUUAAGCUCAAAUUCAAGCUUUUCAAAUGAUUUUCCCCUCCGUGAGUUGAUUGGAAAAUUGGGUAUUGGGAACUCCAGCGGGUUUCCGCCUACUGUAACAACCGCCACCCCUUCCAUGGCGGCGGCUACUAAUGAUAAUAGUACCAACAAUUCUUGCUUCAGUUUCGCGGAGAGGGCGGCCAAGUUUUCGUGCUUUGGCAGCCGGAGUUUCAAUGGAAGGACAAGUCCAUUAGACUCAAACAAUGCUAUGGGGAGUGGGAAUUUAACCCGGGUUUUGAGCACUCCCUCUCUUAAGCAAGUUGGAUCUCCAGUGGAAAACAAGAAUUUGAAUCAAUCACAGAUGGAAAUUAGGUCUCUCAACGGGAUGGUUGAUAAGAAAUGGAGAAAAUUAUCUGGGGCAGGUGCCAAUUCCAAUGAGGAAUCCUCUGUUUCUGAGCAAAUCCCAAGUGGAGAAAUAGGUUUAAAAACCCCAAGUGAACUGAAUUCGAGGAAAAGGAAAGCUGUUUCUAAAGGAAAGCCCAAGGAAGAUACAUCAACUUCAGCUAAGGGAUAUGAAGAUGACAACUAUGCAAAAACCAAGCGAUCAAAGCCCCAAGAAAUUAGCAAAAAUGAAAAUGAUGAUGCUAAAACAGAGGAGGAAGCUAAGGAGAAUUCUAAUGGUUCCGAGGAUGAAAAUGAGAAACAAAAGGGUAAUCAAAAGCCCCCCGAGCCACCAAAGGAUUACAUUCAUGUUAGAGCAAGAAGGGGUCAAGCCACUGACAGCCAUAGUUUAGCUGAACGAGUUCGACGAGAAAAAAUCAGCGAAAGAAUGAAGCUUCUUCAGGAUCUCGUACCAGGCUGCAAUAAGGUGACUGGAAAGGCUCUAAUGCUUGAUGAAAUCAUUAACUAUGUUCAGUCAUUGCAACGCCAAGUUGAGUUCCUGUCUAUGAAAUUAGCCUCAAUAAAUCCAAGACUGGAUUUUGAAAUGGAAAAUCUUCUCUCCAAGGACAUGUUUCAAGAAAAUGGAAACCUGUCCCAACCUAUGUACCCUUUGGAUUCCUCAGCACCAGCAUUCUACAAUCAUCAACUCCAGCAGAAUGUACAACUACAUGAUGCCAAUAUUUCCAGGGGUCCAUUGAACAUUGAUUCAAUGGACCCUUUAGAUGCCCACAACCUAGGCAUUCAAUUGUCUUCAGUUGAUGGAUUUGGUGAAAGUCUUUCUCAGUUUCCAGCAUUCAGUGGCCAUGAUUUGCAAAGCAUUGUUCAGAUGGGUUUUGGCCAGGAUCCUGUCAAAGAGAAUGCAUUUCGUUCAGAUAACUUUCAUGUUCCAAAUCAAACAGCCCAAACGAAAGUUGAGCUGUGA